UAUCUGCUCAGUGUCAGUUUGUUUGUCGGAUGCAGAUGUUCUCCACAUGUGCACAUCCACAGAAUCAUGAGCAGGAUCCUAUUGUACUGUACAAUGGACUCUAACAUGAAGGCAGUAUGUCAUACCUAAUGGAAUUGGGAACCUGAGAGAAAUAUACAAUGGAUCCCUGGACAAUUUCAUUCUCCCCCAGUAACUUCCCCCGUAAUCUGUCUGGAUUCCCCAUCUAUGAUGGCAUUUUUCUUGACAACAUAUCCGAAGAAGGCCCGAGAAAUGAGACCGACCAGAGCUUGACCAAAACUAACACAGUCGUCAUCACCUUCAUGUAUUUUGUGGUAUGUGCUAUUGGUCUUUGUGGAAAUGCUCUGGUCAUCUAUGUCAUCCUGCGCUAUGCCAAGAUGAAGACGGUUACAAAUAUCUACAUCCUGAACUUGGCAGUGGCAGAUGUUCUGUUCAUGCUAGGUUUGCCAUUCAUCGCUAUCCAGUUAGCGCUGGUGCACUGGCCAUUUGGGGAAGCUCUGUGCCGCGUGGUCAUGACUGUAGAUUCUCUCAAUCAGUUCACCAGUAUUUUCUGUCUGAUGGUGAUGAGCAUUGAUCGAUACCUGGCUGUGGUGCACCCGAUUAAGUCGACCAAAUGGAGGAAGCCACAUGUCGCAAAAGCCAUCAACCUGGCCGUGUGGGUUGUGUCGCUCAUCGUCAACCUUCCGAUUAUAAUCUACAGUGGACUGAUCACCCAACCUGAUGGCUGCUUCUGCACUAUUGUGUGGCCAGAGCCGCAGGAGGCCUACUACACCGCCUUCAUGUUCUACACUUCCUUCCUGGGUUUCUUCCUACCUCUAGUGGUCAUAAGUCUAUGCUAUUUGUUAAUUAUCAUCAAGGUAAAGUCUUCAGGAAUCAGGGUGUGCUCUAGCAAACGAAAGCGCUCUGAAAAGAAGGUGACGCGUAUGGUGUCCGUUGUGGUCGCCGUCUUCGUGUUUUGCUGGCUGCCUUUCUACAUCUUCAAUGUGACAUCAGUUACAGGCACCAUUAGCACUACGCCUUUCAUAAGGAGCAUGUUUGCUUUUGUCGUGGUGCUGGGAUACGCCAAUAGCUGUGCCAACCCGAUAUUAUACGCGUUCCUGUCAGAGAACUUCAAAAAAAGUUUCCAGAAUGUUCUGUGCUUGAAAAAAGCCAUUGGUUUGGAUGAUGUUGAAUGCACUGACAGCAAACAGAGGUCACAAAUAACGAAUGAUCCAAAAGAAACUAAAAACGCACUGCUAAAUGGAGACCUGCAAACCAAGGGUCAGAAAAAACAAGGGUCACUACUCAGCAAACUAUGAACUGUUUGCCACAGCACACAUGGAAUACACAAAGAGAAUAAGAGGAAACACAGAGUGCCCACAGUGAUGGCUUAGUUUCUGUAAAUUAAAUUUACAUAUUUAAAUCGGAUAACUUGCCUGUUUUUGGUUACCAUCAAAUAUUUUCAUUGGUUAACACCUGCAAAAAAAAAUGCAUUGUUGAUAAUUGUUUCUCUGAAGCUGUUAUUUAUGAAGUAUAUUUAUGGAGUUCUUAAGCAAACCAUGGUCGUAAGAACAGGAGGACUAAGGAGUUCUACAGUGUCAUUGUAUUUAAAGAGAACUUAAUCAUCUUUCAUUUAUGUUUUAUCUAUGGAGACAAAAUCAUAGUGUCAGUAGCAAACAACAAUGAAACCAUAUAUUUUUCAUUGCACUGUAAAAUAUGCCUUGUGGGAGUUUUAAUUGUAUUUUUGUUGUUUUUCUCUACUCAUGUAUGUAGAAUUUGGAAAGUAUAGCACACAAGAUGCUGCUAGACUGUAAGAUGAACUGUAAGAUGUGUCACUCUAUUGUUGCAUUGUAAACAUGUAAAUAUUAUUUUCUGGAGUUCGACAUCGAACUAUUCUGACUGCUAUUCAUUUAGCCAAAAAUAGUGCCAAUGGUCUCUCUCAUAAUUUUUGUAAUGUAAUCUAAUGGGAAUCAGUUUGAUCACUAAAUUCUCUGGCAGCAAGGA